UUACCCUUAGUUUAGUUUAGGCGUAGGCACUGCUGAGCGCACUCAAACCGGGUAACUCCAAACUGGAUGGUGCGCAAAUGGCACGUUUUAUCCGUACGAUAGCAGCUGUAACCCGAGAGUGAGGGGAUAUAUGUGAAAAAGUAUGCUUUUCUCAGAGGACACUACCGCAAGGCUUUGCAUGGUGUCCAAGGCACUUACUAGAAUUUGAGUUUAUUUUUUUAUUUAUUUUACGCGUGCAGUUUUUCCUUUACGAUUUUAUUUCCCCGAAGUUCUUUGCAAUUUUUUUAUUGCAACAGAGAGAGCGAUAAAGGGGUUAAAGAGAGUAAAGCGGAAUCAGUAUGGAAGAAAAUGAUCACGGCAACAGAGACGUGGUGGAGCGGCAGGAGUCGGCGGAUGAAUCCAACAGAGCCAUCCUUCCCCUGUUACAGGCACCGGGGAACCCGCAGAUCCCUCACCGGGUCACCAAUUUCUUCAUCGACAACAUCCUGCGGCCGGAUUUCGGGCGGAAAAAGGACGGGGGCGCAAACCGCGAAGACAGUAGCCUGGCAUCGCGGGAGAGCCAUAACAGUCCCGCCGCCCCUCAGACCGAGCCGGUGGGGAGCACGGUGCCGGCGGAAGGGACCUCCACCCCGCACACGGUAACCGGGACCAAGAAGCCGGCUAUAGCCGCCGAGGAGCCCCUGAAAGCCCGCGGGGAGAACGGAGACCAGUGCCUAAGCUCAGACUCAGACAGUUCCCAAGCCAGCUCAAACCCGGCCCAGGCUCAGCCCAUGCUGUGGCCGGCCUGGGUCUACUGCACCCGAUACUCGGACAGGCCUUCUUCAGGGCCCAGAUCUCGCAAACCAAAGAAGAAAACGACCAGCAAAGAGGACAAGCGACCACGGACGGCCUUCACAGCAGAGCAGCUGCAAAGACUAAAAUCGGAGUUUCAGACAAACCGCUAUCUGACCGAGCAGAGGCGGCAGAACCUGGCGCAGGAGCUGGGCCUGAACGAGUCCCAGAUUAAGAUCUGGUUUCAGAACAAGAGGGCCAAAAUCAAGAAGGCCAGCGGCUCCAAAAACAGCCUGGCCUUGCAUCUGAUGGCACAAGGACUGUACAAUCACGCCACCGUCACGUCUAAGGACGAAAAAUCAGACAGCGAUUGAUAUCCAGAGAAGUCACAAGCAGCCUCCAUGACGAAAGAGACCUAUAGUGAUCCUAUGAUAGAUUAUACAGAGAUAUCACUACUCACAGGAAUAUUUAAUGAUACAACAGCAGAUACAAAUCUAUUACUAUCACUACAGAUACACCAAGGGCCCAGAACAACAGUUUAAUACUACAGCAAGAGUCCCAACAGGAAUAUUUAAUGGCACCACAGCUCUCUUAAGGCUCCUAUAGGAAUAUUAUAGCGAUUUUUCGUUAUACGGGAGGUUUUGUUAAGCCUACAAUGCAAUAAUUUCAUCGAAUAAAGGGCCAGUGUGUAAAGUAUACCAGCAUAAAUUGUUUUAAAAAAUAACAGAGAUAUUUCUGCAAUAUCACGUCUAUAAAAGAUGUUGUAUAAAGGUAUGUUUUCAUUGUUUGUCGUCCCCCCACUCCAAGAGGUAGCUUCACAUGCUAACACCCUUCAUUUUUCUAUAGGCCUACUGCUAACCAUGAUUGUCAUCAUCGAAAAACUGACUGACACCUCGACCUGUCAGUCUACUGAACAAACUGAAGUCCAAAGAAUAUUUUUCUGCUGCAUCCAGGCUACUGUGAAUUUAAAUAAAUGCUAACACGAGUGUUUAUGUCCACGCUUUGUUGCUUUCCUUUGUUGUGUUUGUGUAAAAACGGACAGAGGAUUUUUUUUUUGAACGGUGCUUUUAUUUUGAAGGGCCAGGCGCAAUCGGGCAGAAUUGGAGUUUUGAUACGCUUUUAUAAAAAAAAUAAAUUCACAGGAACAAUUUAUAAGUGAUUGAGAGAGGUAGCGAUUUUUUCUAACACGCCACUGAAGUAAAAGUUAGGCUUUUUGCUUACAUGUAUGUGCUCGUCUCUAGCCUUUGAACAAAUGUGCGUGUUUCAUCCGUUUGCAUCAGUGCAGCUAUUAUAGUUUAAAAUAGCAAUAUGAAUCAUGUUUUGUAGCUGUAAAUGCAUCGAAGGCUAUAAUGCUGCCUUUAAAGUCACAGAAACAACUCUGUAGCAUAAAGACAAUGAUGACAACCAUUUUGCGCACUCUUGAGUAUAGACUUUAAAUGCAGGUUAUUGGAUGUUCUUGUCAAAUCUUUCUCUAUAUACAGUUUUAUUACAUAUCCAUAUAUCAUAAAAGAAGGCAAAUCCGUCAGUGACUGUAUUACAAAUGUUGGAAAUCUCUUAUCGUUGUUGAAAGGACUUCAUAUGUGUAUUUAUAUAGAUUAUAUUGAGAAAAAAAUCUAUCCAAUGACCAGUGUUGCUUUAGAGUAGAUAUCUGAGGUGUUUACACUGCUUGUUUAUCUUGCAAUAACUUUUUUGUUUGUUUUCAUUUUUGUGAAUGAAAAAUAGUUUAUGGGGCCUUUGCAUGAAAGCUGCAAUUUGUUGUACUUGGGGCAAAAAUAACUGUGUUUAUAAACUUUGGUCUUUAUCGACAGGAAAGUAUGAUCGAGCUAAGUUUUAGACUGUAUCCAUACCAAAUUGUGGACUUUUUUGCCUUUCAAAGUGUUUUUGUUGUGUAUCUGCAAAAAGUGUGUGUGAAUUAAAAUCCACCAAACAGAAACACACUUUGCCUUAAAGUUCAGGUGUGAACUUUUUUUCUGAAACAUGACUGUGCCGAAUCAGAGAAGCAGUAUUACUUCAAAUGCAGACUAUUCAAGUUUAAUGCCUUUAUGAAAACUGCUGGUACGACAUAUUGAAUUUACUCAUCAGCGUAUAUCUAUCUAUAUAUGAACAUGUUUAAAUGAAAUUACAACACAGAGUUGUAGAAUACAAUGCUAUUUUUUAUUUUAUGUUGGAAGUAUUCUUUGGUAUAAAUGUACAUAAUUUGUAUCAUGUAUUAAUUGUGUAAUUAACUGCCUCCUGAAAACUGCAAAAGAAGAGUAAAUAAACCUUGAAGAUUAUACACAAACAAGUUUCUUGCAGUUUUAUUGUUGUUCCAGAAAUGUGUCCCUUAAUCGACUCUUCACUGCAUUAAAAAAGAAAUGCAUUAGUAGACUGAAUGUCCAUCAACAAGAAAUCUGUACAAUAAUAGAAAAAAAAAUGUUGCCAAGUGUCAAAUACUCUCAAAUGUAAUGACAAACAUUAUUAUUUUGCACAGCAUGACAAUCCCCUCCAUGCAGACGCCCACUCCUUCAGGAUCAUAUUCAUGGAGGAUCAAAUUCAUGGGUUUUAAGAUUAAAACAUUUGCAAAAGCAUCCAAACAUUAUGCAGAGGAAAGCCUUGAACAAUUCCCAGGCAUGUUUCCUCAACAAUGCCUGAUCUGCAUUUCCAUACUUGCACCGCUAGUCUUUGAACGCCAUGUCUAACGGCCAGUGACUAGCAUUGGAGCAGAUAGGGCUGCUCCCAGCACUGUCUCCACGACGGUCAGUCUUCCUCGCCGC